ACUGGGCGCUUUAAUUACUACUCGGAGCCCCGACAAGCACCUGAGGAAGUUAGUGACUCCAACUUCCGCCUACAAAUUAGUGUGUGACCGCCAUAGCGCGCUAAAAUUGAAGACAGGCUGGAGUGCAGUGGAGAGGGACAUAAGUUUGGAAAACUUGGAGAUAAAUCGUCAAACAGCAAACCCAUGGAGGCAGAAGACGUCAUUGUUAUUAGUGACGAUGAAAAUGACACUCCAGAAAUCUUUGAGGACUCUUCCUUGAUGAUUUUGGAAGACUGCGCUGAUAAAAGAGAUUCUUCGUUUUUGGAACAGGAAAAAUCCAACGAAGUUAUUGACGACGAAUUGUUAAUUACAUUUUCUCAAAAGGCUGUGGUCUUGCCCCACGCGCGGUAUGACUGCACAACCUAUCUUUUCAGCAAAACUGAAGCUGAGAUGAAUGCCCCUGUUGAAGACAAUCAUAAGUUCUGUGAACAGUGUUAUUGCUACAUCUGUGAUAAGUUAGCAUCAGAGUGCCAUGUCUGGAUUUCCCCUGGAAAUUGUCAUUGCAAUUCCCACAAAUGGAGCACCUUCUGGAAGGCAUGGAGAGACAAGAAAGCGCUGGGAUACCUUGAGAUGUUUCAUUUUGACCUGCUGGAAGUGGAUGCUGACUUGAGACAGGCUGAAUUUCACCUAAUGCAGUUUGAAGCCGAUUUAUCAUCCGAGUACAGCAAGUUCUUACAGGGACGGUUGAUUUCUCUGGAAAGUCUCUACGCUUGUUCGUGCUACUGCCAUGCGGCCAUGGCGAAGAAAUGCCAGCGGUGCUCUUCGAAUCACGCAACCGUGCUCGCUUACGACUAUUCCGAAGUGCACAAGAUUGUAUUCCUGUUCUUGGAUAAAGCAGAGAGAGAAAAAGCAAGAAAAUCUGCAGUAAUGUUGCUGGGAGCAGCCAAAUAUAUUGUAGCACACAAGCAACCAUCUAGCCUUUGUUUAUCAAGCAAUACAGAUUAUAGAGCACGUGCUUCUGAAGCCAUCCCUUUAUUGCUGUUAAGGAUUACCAAUAUACUUCAGACUUUACUGGUUACCUCUGAUUUCAGUCCCUCGUUUUCAAAGAAGCUAAAAACAUUCGUUCAGUCACUUGUUCUGCCAGCUAAUUGCACAUCGUUUUAUAAUAGCGUCAACGUCAUCCCCUGGGACGAUGCUUUACUGUCGGCUGUCCUGAGAGGACAGAACAUCUCUGGGGAGCGAAUUGUGAAGGGAAGGAAAGAGACCCUGUUUGAGCCCAUACAGGUGGUGAAGACCAGGGUGGCGAAACUCAAGGAGCAACAGAAGUACAGGGAGCUGGCUCGAUACCUCAAGGUUGUGAAAAGCACUGAGAAGGCUUGUUUACAAAGCAUGAGGGAUUACUUGCCGCUCUUCUUGUGCAAGGCUGGGGAGUUCAUGUUGGCAAGCGACAGUUUUUUCUUCAACUCGGCUGCGUUUUGCUGCAUUGCCUGUCGGCUGAGUCCCAUGCAGUUCGGCGUGUACCUGAAAAUCCUGCGCAGUGGACAAGUGCUGGAGCCGUGUGCCUCGGCGAAGUGGGAAUUAGUCAAAGGUGCCAAGCCUCUGAAGAAGUGUGAUCUUAUCAAGACUGGCAUUAGAAUAAUGAACUACAACUCGGCAGUGUUCAGUCAUCCUGCAAGCUGGGCGGAUCUCAUCCAGGCAGCGUGCAGCUCUGAGGAGUUGGCAGAAGGUGGCCUUUUCACCUGUGUGUCAUUGCAAGAACCCGAUGAAGGAUUUCAGCAGAAAACAAGAGAAAUUGCCAGUGGUCUUAUUGAGGAUCUUAAAGCAAAUCAAAGCAUCAGCAUUCCAAGACAUUUUUACAAGCAAUUCCCAGACCAGACUCUCCUGAUGCUGGUUACUCAAUCCCUGGCCUAUAGACUGACUGUUCCCCAGAGGAUUUCUGUCCUCGUUAUUGUGAUGGCUUUUAAGCAAAAUAUCUGGGCGCUGAAAUUCCUCUUCCGAAGUCUCAGUGUAAGCCCCGAUGCCCUGGUUGUAUUUGUUGAUAGCCUCCUUGAGGAUCUUUACAAGGAUAAUCUGCUGCUUUUCAGAAAGUGCAGUGACACAGACUACGAGUUCAUCAGCGAUUUCAUCUUCUUCUGCCUGUCGUGCAGCUGCUCCUCUGUGGUGCAAGUGAGCCAACGACUUGUCGACAGUUUCUUGUAUCAGUGGAAUGAGCGGCGGUUUCGCUGGCAGUUCUACCUUGGCUCAAAGCUUCAAAGAUCUGAUCUUCCUCAUCUGGCUGUAUCGAGCCGGUUUCAGACGCUGAUGAGGAGGUUGAACGGUGCUGCUUGAACGUGGCCUUGGCCACAGAUGCUACUUAACCAAGAAGGACGUGUUCAGCCCUAGGCAGACCGCGAUGGAAGAAUACAGUUUAAAACCAGAACACGUUGGGAACCCCAAAAUGACAAAAACACUUUUUUCCUUUUUUCAAUUCAGAACUGAAAUUGACUGGGACACUAUGGCUUAGCUGAGGUAAUCAGGCUCUGGGACUCCCUGAUUAUCUGAUGCAGGAUGUUCACUUAACAAGAAUCGAUUUUUGGUUACACAUGGCUUUACAGCGGAUACUUCUGCAAAACUGAAAAUAUUCUAUUAUGUACAAUUUAAAAAGAAUACUAACACAUUAUAAAAAUAUCUGCCUCCUGUGUCUUCUGUUGCCAACAUUUAGUUAGCAAACAACACUUUCUAAGGGGUUUCAGUCAAAACAGACACAAGAACAAAAUUACUAAUGCUGGUUAGUUUUGAAAAACUGAAAAGCCUUUGAAAGCAGCCAUAGCUCUUCAGAAGGCAAACUCCCCAAAGCCUCCCAGUUAUAGUCUUAAUUCCAGUUACAAAAAUGAGCACAUUGUAGACACAUUCAUUACAAAAAUGUUUCCCAAAAAGGCGAAAAUAAAUAUGAAAAAUUCUCACAUUUCUCCAGCUGUAUUUUAAAUUAUAGCAGCAGACAGAUACAUUAUUUUGAGAUGAGUCUUAAAUAAUUCUCAUUAGUCCUUAUUAGAACAGAUACUAUGAAAUGGAGACUUUUGCUAUGAAAUGGAGACUAUAUUUUGUUAAAAGAAAACAGUUCGCUCUGUAUUAAUAAGGUUGAAUCCCUUUUGGCUAGGAGGAGCAAAAGUAUUGUUGCUAAAUUUAAUAAAGCAAUAAUACUGGUUUGUUUUGCACAAAAACAAGCUUUGCAUAGAUAAUGAUAACUGACUCUAUAUCACUGUCAAUAGUCAGAUAAAAGUCUCAUUUAUCUAAUGAUAAGUCACGCAAUGCUCUUUAGAAAUUAAGGAGAUUCAAUCAUGGCUUUUGUAGUGCUCCUAGUCAUGUAUUAUGAUAUAACCUGAAUUUCAUCCUCAGCGGAGGAAGUUAUUCUGCAGUGCAUGCUAGACCAUUUUCACACACUACUGGAUCAAUUCUAGUAUGAGUGUUAAGGAAAAAUAAAAACACAACAAAAAGUUACAGUAACAUUGAAGCGCUUAAUUUAACCCCCUUUGGCAUUGAAAAGAAGCACACGUAAGGCAUGCCAGAUAUUUUUCUAAAUGAAACCCCAGCCAUGCUGAUCUUUUAACUCUUUGUCCAUCAUGUUCAACACAGGAUUGCCAUUCUAGAGGCACGCGCAGUGUGUGCCACUUGCUUAAAAUAACUGCUUCUAAGAGGACUGAGCUUCUCAAGUUAGGCUAGACGGUGAGAUACAUUCCACCUAACCUAUCCUAAUCGGAGUUUGACACUCGGUGCCUAUCCACCUACAUAAGAAAACAACACAACAUACAUAUAUUAUCAUCAGAGAUUCAAGCGGGGAGAUGCAGAGGAACGUCAACUAAUUGUUCAUCAUUUGUGUCUGUAGCAGGUUGCCGCUGUAGGCUUUUAGGAGACUUUCAGUGUUUGCCAGCGUUGGUCGAUUAGCACAGACCAAACCUUGAGGAUGGGCGAAGGAUCUGCAGAAUACAGCUACAGUAAAUAACGACUGCUUUUUGGCAAUGAUUCCUUUGUCACUGGAUUAAAAAAAAAACAGAGCUUCACCUCCAGGACAGCUGAGAGUGUGAAAUAAACAAGCUCAAUGGUUGGUAGUCUAAAUCAGAAAGGAUAAAUCAGAAACUCGGGGUCCUAGAGGAUAAUUCAGGAAACAGGCUGGGCAAAUCUCUUCCAAGAAAGUUCUUAUAUUUUCGGAAUUCAUUCCUAACCCCUGCAUUAAGACAAGAAAAAAAACAACAACAUUUCAACAUGCACUGCUGACACGUCUGGCCACACACUGCGUUGCUCGACUUGCCAUCUAAAGAGCCAAAGAGCACAAUGACUCAAAACAGAAUAAAAUCCAGAUUAAAUUAAAAGUUUGGCCUGCCUGCCAAUCAACAAUCACCAGCCAAGAAAUCUUGGGUAUUCAAUGGGUGGAGGGAAACAGCAACUUGAAAAGAACCCAUCAUAGGUUAUUAGGUUUGCAAUUUUUAAUUGUUGGUAGGAUUUGAAAAGCCAAAAGGCUCUUUUUUAAAAGUGAACCAAAAUGUCUCUGGUUCUGUUUCGUGUAGAAAUGCUUAGGUCUCCUUUGGAAGGGUUCAGUAUGCACCACAAUCCAAGUUCUCCUUCCUAUAGAUGACCCUCCAAUAGUCUCUCACGUAUGACAAGUUAUGCUUUCUAUACUGUUGUUUUUUUCAAUAUAAAAAAAUAUGUAAUAAGAAAUAUCACCACUUGUAUACUUAAUAUGAGUAGGCCAAAUGUUUAUUGUCACUAAUUGCUGCUAAAGUUCGCAGAUGUUAAAAUAGUACUGUGAACUGCAGUAGCAAAAGUCUGUUCUGCUGAUAUUUGGACACAUGAUUCAGAUUCAGAGUUUGACAACAUGGCAAAAAAAAAAAAGAAUUAAAUAGCAUUGGGAACUUCAACUGUAACAGCAUUCGUUAUUUAAAUGCAUAAAAUGCCGAAUACCUCCAUUUUCUGCUCCAGCAACCACCCAAAGACGUCGGCUCUGACAAUGGCAGGAAGCAGGUCAUCCCAAGAAACGCAGGAGGGAAACAAGAACCCAAACAUUCAUUUACAUUCAUUUUACCUCUCCCCUCUCGACGUGGCGGGGAGGGAGA